GUGGGGAGUUAGACGGCGCCCGCGCCCCGCACGGCAGCGCAGCGCAGCGCCGGCGGGAAGGAGGGAGAGAGGGAAGGGUUGAGCGGCGCCCACCGCGCUCCGGACUUUCCCGCACCGCCCCCGCCGACACCUGGGAGCCGGCCCUUCCCGCGGCGGCGCUGCGCCCUCCGCGGCGUCGGAGAGGGACGGACGGGUGCCGCGCUCCGCUCCGCCGGGCUCUGCGCUCGGGCCGGUCCCGCUGCCCCGGGCCCCUUAGACUCGGCGUGGGGAGAAGCGGAGGCAGCGCUCGGCUGUCCUGGCGCUCCUCUCCGGCUCCUCUCCUAGACUUUUUUUUUUUUUCUUUUUUAACUAAACCAGACGACUUUUUUUUUUUUUUUUUUUUUUUUCUCUUUCCUCAUUCGAUUAUUAUUAUUUUAUUUUCAGGCUAGGCUGUCCUCUCCCUCGUGCCGCUCUUUCUCCCUCUUUCCCGAUCCCUCUUGCCUCCCACGACCUCGCAGUAGCACGCGGGCACCAUGUCCUACUACUCCACUACCAUGCCACCUGCCAACGGCUCUGCCAAUGGGACUGCCAGCGCGGCUGAGGGCAGCAAGCCUGCCACCAUCCCCACCGUCAUGUUCAUCUUCGGCGUGGUGGGCAACCUCAUCGCUAUUGUGGUGCUCUGCAAGUCCAGGAAGGAGCAGAAGGAGACCACCUUCUACACGCUGGUCUGCGGGCUGGCAGUCACUGACCUGCUGGGGACCUGCCUGGUGAGUCCAGUCACUAUUGCCACUUACCUGCAGAAUCGCUGGCCAGGAGGAGUGGCACUGUGUGAAUACAGCUCCUUCAUCCUCCUCUUCUUUGGACUCUCUGGCCUCAGCAUUAUCUGUGCCAUGUCUAUAGAAAGGUACCUUGCCAUCAACCACGCUUAUUUCUACAGCCAUUAUGUAGACAAGAAGCUGGCAGGGCUCACACUCUUCGCCAUCUAUGCUUCCAAUGUGCUGUUCUGUGCCCUCCCCAGCAUGGGGCUCGGCAGAUCAACCUUGCAGUACCCUGACACCUGGUGUUUCAUAGACUGGCGAGCAACGAAUGCCACUCACGCAGCAUACUCAUACAUGUACGCCGGCUUCAGCUCCUUCCUGAUCAUGGUUACGGUGAUCUGCAACAUCCUGGUCUGCGUGGCCCUCAUUCGCAUGCACCGUCAGUUCAUGCGGCGCACAUCGCUGGGGACAGACACCACCUCCAGCCGCUUAUCUGACUUUCGCAGACGCCGGAGCUUCCGUCGAAUGGCCGGAGCAGAGAUCCAGAUGGUUAUUCUGCUCAUUGCCACUUCCCUGGUGGUGGUCAUCUGCUCCAUUCCUCUGGUGGUCCGUGUCUUCGUGAACCAGCUCUACCGGCCCGAAUUAGUGAGAGAUGUAAGGCAAAACCCUGACCUGCAAGCCAUCCGCAUUGCCUCAGUGAACCCCAUUUUGGACCCCUGGGUCUACAUCCUUCUCCGCAAGACUGUGCUCAGCAAAGCCAUUGAGAAGAUCAAAUGUCUCUUCUGCCAAAUUGGAGGAGCUCGGAGGCAGCACUCGGGGAGCAAUUUCAAUUGCGUGGAUGGUCGCAGGACCUCUUCUGCUGUGUCAAGUCAGUCACCCUCUUUCAUCUCUCGUGAGCUGCGGGAGAUCAGCAGCACGUCCCAAACACUGCUCUAUCCCCCAGAGUUAAGUGAGAGCAGUAUUGGGGGUCGUGUGCUGCUUCCAGGCCCCAGUGCAAGUUUGGCUCAGUCUGACACUACAUCCGUAAGGACACUGCGCAGCUCAGAGACCUCGGACUCCUCACAGGGGCAGGACUCAGAGAGUGUCCUCUUGGUGAAUGAAAUCAGGCCUGGUGCUGGGGUCAGCUCUACGUCCAAGGGCACUCCCCUCCAGGUCACCUUCCCCACUGAGACAUUGAAUUUAUCAGAGAAGUGUAUAUAGCAACAAAAGGCAUCAACCCUGGUGAUCUUUCCUGGUACAUUGGAAAACUGGUGCAAUAGAUAGGCAUUCUACCUAUUCAAGUGGAAAGGGGAUCAACUAUGCUCCAAAGGGCUAAUUUUCUCUUGCCAUGUGAUGGGUACAUUUCUUUUAGACUACUGAGAACUGUGUGGAAUAGACACUGUGUUUUGUGCUGCCAUCAGAAGUUAUACAAGAUGGGUCUAAUGAGACUGGAAUCACAAACAUGUCUUGUUCUGGGUCACAGGAGAGCUACUGGGCCUCUCAACAUAGAAAGAUCCAUCACUUUCUUUUCCUUUUUUCCUUUCUUUCUUUCUUGCUUUGUUGGUUUGUUUUGUUUUGUUUUUUGAUUUUUUUUUUCAUUUCUUUCAUUCUCUUUCCAAAUCUGGUAGAACUGUGUUUUUCUGUGGCUGCUCAGCUAUCAAGGUUCUGGUACUAGAGCAGAAUGUGAGGCAACUACUAGGAACUAGAUGGAGCUACUCUGACAGCUGCCUGCAGUAGGAUUUCAAAGUGUCUCACUAAAGCAUGAAAAUGUGAAUUUUUACUGUUGUGUAUAUAUCAGGUUUGAAAAUAUUUAAAAGUCUAUUCUUCUCUAUGAGAAGGGUUCUUAUUAAUACCAGGUAUAUAGAAAUGAUUGCCAGCCUUCUCUUCCCCACUAUUUCCUGCUGAUGAGACAUUCUUGGUUUAGAUUUGUUGUCCGUGCUAGAUUCAUGGUUGAUAAUUCUUUAGCUGAAAAUAUGUAAACACUUUGAAAUGAAAAUGUACAUACUAUUGAGAAAAAAGAAAACAUAUCUUCAGUUAAGAAUAUUCCUUUUCAGCGUAUGUACAAGCCAGAUUUUAUUUAUGUGCUGAUAAUGUUUCCGUGUAUAAACACAUCCGCUCCUUGCUGAGUACUUCGGCCCACGUCCUGCACACACUUAGGCACACACUUAACAAUGCCCAUCCGAGUAGCCCUUCUGCUGCCAGGGAGACUCUCAUGUAAAGUUAAGGACAUAUAGAAGUACUUUAAUAUCAGGGCCUAGAACUUUCAACCCCUGGUUAAUAGUCAUAAUAUUCACUUUAGUUAAAGCAUCACUGAUGUAAUAAAGGUAUUUUUUCAUAACAUUUAUCAUUUUACUUUAAAUAGUAAAUAGAAUUUUAUGACUGUAAUCUGAUAUUCCACCAAAUAAAUGUAUGAUACCGUGGAAGUAGAAUCUUCAUUUAAAAGCAUAAGUUAUAUAGAACCAGCUCCUGGUCUUGCACUCCUUGUACAUUAUUUGUUCCUAGAGUUUUAAUGGAAAAGACAUCACCAAAAACAGCAGUGACAAAAGGACUUCUGGUGUUUUAUUUUGCGAGGUUAGAUCUUGUUACAGAAAUACUGUUUACUAAAAUAAUUCUGUACAGAUAUUUGGGGAUGUUUUGUCAAAUACUAAGCAUGUUAUGCUGCUUAAAGUGUUCUUAUGUGAAAUGCUUUAUUGUAAUUAAAAUCUUGAGCCUUAUGUUGAUGACAUGUUUAAGCAGUUGUAUUGACCAAAAUGAUUUUGGAGAUCACGAUUAAAUGGAAAUGUUCUGCUUGAGAUCAAAAGUUUAUUAGUCUGCCAUUCGGUGCCAACUCCCUACUUUAACAAGCCACCCUUCUGGAACACCUUGUGCUUAGCUGCUUCUAAAACCUACUGGAAGUUUCCAGAGCUCCACAGAACAAUCACCAUCAGCAAGAAGGAGCCAUCUUAGAAAACAUGAAAGGACUAUCACACAGCCAUGAAAAUCUCUCAGAAUGACAGAAAAAUCAAAACCCCCACUCAAUUAAACCUCAACCUGCCUAUUUCUCUCUAGCACAGGAGCAGUAGAGUUUAUUUGUACGUAGGAAGUUAUGCACAAAUAUUGCAGCAGAAGCUACUGCUGCACUGAUUAGAGAACAGUGCUACUGAAGUUCCUGCUGUAGCUGCAGGUACAUAUCUGCCUUUGUCUUUGCAAUUAAAGCAUUUAGCUAUGGUCUGCUACUUGCUAGUGACCAACAAACAGCCCUCACUGCAUUAUCUAAGACAAGGAACAGUACCUGACAGUCUAGUUUCUAAAUGAGAAAGGCCUGUGCAUUACUGAUGGAAAACAGUUUGUUCUGAUAGACUUCUAAGCAACAAUAGAGCAGCAAAAGAGGUGUUCUUUCUUCCUUUUGCAAAAACAAAUGGUAAGUCUUCCUUCUCCCCAUAGCAUUGGUGGUUUACCAGUGCUGGGCAGGACUCACAAUCCCACAUCAGCACUAGUUGCCUUAGGAAUGAAUGAAAAUCCCCAAAAAACCCAUGUUAAUGGAAAAUGCAUUAAUUCACAAUUCAGAAGUGUCUUACUCCAAAAUCCUAUCUCUGUGACUCCAUCAGUGGUUUAUCAGUGCUGGGCAGGACUCACUAGCCCACAUCAGCACUAGUUGCCUUAGGAAUGAAUGAAAAUCCCCAGUCAACCCACAUUAAUGGAAAAUGCAUUAAUUCACAAUUCAGAAGCGUCUUAUUCCAAAAUCUUAUCUCUGUGACUGCAUCUUGCCAGUCCCACCACCCCCAGUCUCACACCCUUACUUCCAGCAUUCUGCUUCUGCCCACAGCACAAACUGCAGCUUCACCAAACCUUAUACCCCACACACCUAAACCUUUCCCCAGACUCCAGACCCAAACUCCAUUUAUUCCCCUGUCCUCUGGCAUGGUGUGAACAGGAUGAGAGCCAUUAUUGGUAGGAAACUGGUAGAAAUCAGUUUCUAUGAAUAUUGUAAAUUAAUUUGAACCUAUGAUCUGUAAAUGAGCAUUACAGUUGGAUCCAGGUUUAAGGAGCAGAAUAUAGUGUACUUAGGCUCCACGCAUGGGCUCAAAGAUCCUGUUACAACCUAAGCUUAUACAUCUCCACUGUCUGCAACACCAGUGCUACUAUCAGUGCUGUAAAUGCAAUGCUGAAGUGAUAACGAUACCAAUGUAACCAUUAUCUUCAAAUGGCACCACGACAUCUUGAUCAAGAAGUCUUCUACAAAACUUUUCAGCCAAUAUUCUUCUGCAAAACUGAGUAUCUGAUUUACUUAAAGCAGAUUUACUUUUCAAGUUUCAACAUAACAACAGACCUUUUCCACUGCUAGGCCCUGUUAUAGACCUGUCAGCUUUAUCAGAUAUGAAAAUAAAUUGAAGUCAGAACCCCAAGCUUACUGAACCUCAAUACAAAACUCACUCCUUACAUCCAGUUUUUCCCUUUGACCAUUUACUCUCUAAAAUUCAAAGAGCUACUAGAAUCACUUCUUUCGGAAAGUCAGCCCCCUAAACCAGGACAGUCAAUCUGCCACAAUGGAACUUCUGCUGCUUAACAGGCCAAGAACUUCAAUCCACUUGAGAAUGUGAUAGCCAAUGACACCAACCUACAGUAAAUCUGCAUAGUCCAAGCCCACAUGCUUCUGCUUUCUUGAACCCCAGUACUACGUAAGUUCACAGCUCUUAUAUGAUCUAGAAAUAAAACUCAUUUUGACCUUCUUACCAUUACUUUUAAGAUCUGGGGGACACUAACCUCAUGUUGCCAGGUACAUUUUCAGUGCUACCUUUCUCAUCUUGAUCCCAAACAUCAACAGUUGCUCAAGGAAGUUUUAGGGAUGAGAAGAACAAAGUUCAUUUUUUUGCCUUCCAUAACCUGUUUUAAAAUCCAGUCCCAUAUUGUAUUAUUAAAUUAGUCGGUGUUAUCUGAUCCAUACUUUGCCCUCUAAUAUUGUUGGAAAGCAUUCUCUCUCUGUGUAAUCUAAGUAUUUCUGAUUAUUACCAGAAAGUAAUGCUUCCUAUAUAUUUCCAUGGAUACUACAACAAAAAGUAACACUCUGACAGAGCAAAUUCUCAGAUUUGCAGAAGAACAGUAUUUUUCAACACAGUCACCACCACUAGCCAUGUAUUUUCCCCAGCCAUGAACAAGAGCCUGCAUGCUGUGGAGGUGACCCACUGUUUCACAGUUGCUAUGAUGGCGUUGCUGCUGCUGAAACUCUCACGGUGCCAACAUCUGCUCACUGGUAUCUAUCAACAUUCAGCAAGCAUCAAUCACUGUCAAUGGAUGCCAUUUUUUUCCGCAGAGGAAUUCAGUCACACACCUCUGCUUUAUAUGCACUUCCACUUCAGAUGCCAUUUUGUUACACUGCCUUUCUGCUGCUGUCUGUUCCAUCUGUUGUUCCCACGGUGGAAAGGUUCAACCUCUACUGUUCUAACACCAACAUCUGCUUCUGAAGUCGUAGGCAAACACAAUAAAAUAGGAGACAUCACCUUCAAAACAGCCGUCAUCUGUUCAACGUUCAAAAGAUCAUUAUCUCAUUCCGUAGGGGUGGAAUUCAUAUACUCUGCUUCAGUAUCUGAAGCUGACACCCAGUCAGCCACUUCAGGCUUCUUUUUUAUAGUCAAUGGCACUAAUUAAGCACCUUGAUUCAAUUUUUCCAAAGAUUUUUAUCUAACAUAAGGCACAUGAAUGUCCCUCUAAAUUACACAUUUCUUUCCAGAUAUAAAAUUUUCCAAGGGAAAAAGUCAGAUUUAAAUCCUCAGCUGUGUGUAUUUUGCUCUUUAACUACCUUGCUACAUUUCAGGAUUUUCAUAUAUGUAUGAUUCAUAUGGAAGACAAAUAUACAAAAGCUACUGAAGCCACUGACUGUGAGUGAUGAUUAUGAAUAAUAAAUUUCAGUUAGUAAAGUAGCAGUACUAUUUCCCUUUUUGCUUUCUCCUUUGGAUCACAUUCUUUUGGAUACUCCUGAGAUGCUCAGAACCGCUUACCACUACCUUUUAUUAAAUAUUUUUCUUAAGAUGGCUUUUUUUUUAAAAAAAAAAACAAAACUACAACUAGUCAACAUGUCCAG